AUGGAGGUGGUGAAGCGAGGCGCGGAGCUGGCUGUCCUCGAGUGCCAGCGCCAGUUUCAUUCUCGCCGCUGGAACUGCUCCACCCUGCAGGGGCUGCAGGUCUUUGGCAAGGCCACCAUGCAAGGCACACGGGACUCUGCUUACAUCCACGCUGUCGGCACUGCUUUUGCUGUUUCCUCUGCAGGUUUCCAGUGGUCAGGCUGCUCUGAUAACCUGUCUCAUGGGACUGCCUUCUCUCAGGCCUUCGUGGGCAGCUCUGAGAGGAGCUGUGGUGUCUCCUCCAGCCAAGCGCUCAUGAACGUGCACAACAAUGAGGCUGGGGGAAGAUCUGGUCCCUUGAACAUCCUCCACCUCUGCCCAGAUCUGGUCCCUUGA